AUGAUUCACUACGCGUGCCUCAUUAUCGCACUUUGCGCCUUGUCGCUGCGCUCCGUAGCCGCAGUGCGCUAUGGCCAGCAUGCCAUGAUCAUGGCCCCUGACCACACUGUCCAGCCUGCGGUUGAUCCCGUCGACGAGGACACCAAGCAGCUUCUCGAAGACAGCGAACAGAUUGAGAAGGCCAUGCAGGAGGAAAUCGGACUGAUCAGCGAUGAAUCCAUUGCCGAAAUGUGCCUCGGCAGCAAGGACGAGCACCAUUGCGCAUCGCAAAUCGCUGCCUACGUUGCGCGUUGCAAGGAGGGCAACUGCCUCACCAUCGAUGCCGUGGGAAAAACGCAAAACAAGGCCCACGAGCAGCUCGUCCUGCCUGACCCCUACCAGCUUCAUGCCGCAUUCCUGUUGUUCAAGAACUGCCGGCGCAACGAGAGCAGGCACUGGAUGAACAGGUUCUGGAUGCGUUUCAAGAGGGGAGGGCGUUACGCUGCUUACUACAGCUUCAGCCUCAACCUGUUGAGGCGCAACCUGUUCCUCGGCGACGACGAAAAUGCGCUGCAUGGCUUCGUGCAGAAGUACUUCUACAUGACCGCCAUAUACUACAAGACAUACUUGUCGCUGGAUGCCAUCAACGCCAAAAUCUUUAACAAAAUAGCCUUGGCGAAGCACAUUCUGGGACCUAAGAUCAAAAGGGCGUUGAGGAAGAUCGUCGAGGCCAACAAGCCGAGCGCGCUCCAAGCGAACGAUGUCAAAGCCAUACGCCCGCUAGCCUACGGUUACAGGCAGUACAUGGCCAGCCAAAUCCCAUCGCUUCCGUUCUUCGCCUACCGUUUCUCCUCGAUGGUCGUCACGACUCUCGUGGACAACCUCACCGGCGUUAAGCAGCAGCCGUGGUACAAGCGUUGGUUUGGAAAGGUGAAGAACCUCUUCACCGGUAAGCAACCCAGCGAAAAGGCCUACGAAAUUGACGAACCUAUCGCCACCGAGGAGGAGACCGAGCCCGUCGAGGAAAAUAAGUCAGUUUUUGGUAAGGUCAAGGAAAAACUUGGCAACAUCCGCUUCAACACGGGCAUUUUCCGAAAGAGUGAGCCAAAGACUCGUAACUCACACCUUUCCGAAGAGGACAUUGUGGGCAGCUUGUCGUCGGCUGAUGCGCUGCUUGAGCCGGUGCUCGAUGUCAUGGAGAAAGAGGGCGAAGCUCAAAACCAGGAGGCAGGUGAACCCGAAGUGACCGCGGCUCCCAAGGCGCCUGAGAGUGAAAAUGGCGAACUCGCAGACCAAGCAGAUGGUGCUUCAACCGUGGCCUCAACGGAAAUGGGCGAAGAGGAGUCUCUGGAAGCUCCUAAAAGCACACAGGAUGUGAUGCACGAAGAUGAGGAGCAGGAACUCGAAUCUGACGAGUUACCCGCCAAGAGGAAGCGUAAAGCUUCAAGCGCAGGCUACAAAAAGUUCUUCAAGAACAUGUUGGACACCGGUGCAAUUAAGGACGCCGCUAGCCACAUCAAGUUCCCGAAGAGGUACUUCAAACGAUCGUCAUAA